UUGUUUUUAUGUUUGGCGGGUCCGUUCUGCAACAGUACAACCAACAACUACUACUCUACUACAAUCGAGAACCAGAGGGCAGAGCACACAAGGAAUGCAGUCAUUUUAGAGAGAGAAAGUCGGAUGUUCUAGAGAGAGAGAGAGAGACGGAAAAAAAACAGAGCCAGAAGUUUUUUUAGAGAGAGAAAAGAAAACAAAAAAAAAGGUGGGUGAGGAGGAAAAGGCCAAAGGUGAUGCUUAGAACUCCCAAAGGUCACACAUUUUAAUUCUGUUUUUUGAUUACACAUUGAACCCAUAAUUCUGUACAAAUUAAAAUAAUUGCAAAACCCUUUUGUAAAAGGGGGAAAGAUACUAGUGAUCUUCGUCACAGAUCCAUUAUUCAGGAGAGAGAGAGAGAGAGAGAGAGAGAGAGAGAGAGAGAGAGAGAGAGAAUGGCCAAAUAAUAAUUCUUCGUUGAAGAAUAUAAUAUUCCGAUUUUCAGGAGUGAAUAUGUAAAGAGGACUCUAUAGUGUUCGGAUUUUUCUGUUUUGAUUUCGGAAGAUAUUUCCCAUGAAGAACGGCUCGCCGGAGUCAGCGCCGCCACCGGCGGCCUCGCCGCCGCCGACGGAGGAGCUGCUGAAGAAGAUCCAAGAGCUAGAAUUGGGCCACGCCCACCUGAAGCAAGAGAUGUCCAGGCUCAUGACACCACCAUCGACGGCCGAGAUUAUGGCCGCCGCCGCGGAUCGUCACCACAAGCAGAGGUCCCACUCCAUUUCCCCUCAAAGGGUUCCUCGCCGGAGAUCCGACAGCGGCGAUGCCAGCUUAGUGGCUGCGUGGAAGAAGGGCUCUGUAUCUUUCCGGCAUUCCUCUCCGCUACAGAGGGAAAGUCGCGGCGGCGCCGCCACCGUCGCCGCCGCCGGAGGCUGCGGUCCUUCGGCAGUUAAGUUCACAGAUAAGCAGUAUUUGAACAUAUUGCAGUCAAUGGGACAAUCUGUGCAUAUAUUUGAUCUCAAUUGUCGCAUAAUUUACUGGAAUAGAACAGCAGAAAAUCUGUACGGAUAUUCAGCGGCAGAGGCACUGGGGCGUGACGUAAUCGAGCUAUUAUCAGACCCUCGAGACUCUGCUGUGGCUAGUAGUAUUGCUGGUCGUGUGGCAAUGGGGGAAAAUUGGACCGGUCAAUUUCCGGUCAAGAAUAAACGAGGCGAAGGAUUUGUAGCUGUGAUAACUAAUACACCACUCUACGAUGAUGAUGGUUCUUUAGUUGGAAUUAUAUCCGUCUCGUGUGAUUCGAGGCCUUUUCAAGAAGCUAAAUCUGUACUGUCGGAAAAUAAUUCGAGUUUGAGCAGGAAUAUAAGCAUUGCUUCCUCCAAAAUAUCGAAUUUGGCUUCUAAAGUAAGCAACAAAGUUAAAUCGAAAAUGAGGCCUGCCGAAACGUACUCCUCGGACCACGAAGGUGGCAGUGGGGACAGCCAUUACUCCGAUCGAGGUUUUUACGAUAAUGCCAUGUCCGAUACUCGAGAAGAUGCUGUUUCAAGUGGGGCCAGUACUCCAAGAGGAGAUACACCAAACCCUUCUCCAUUUGGAAUAUUCUCUAAUCCCAACAAGGAAUAUUCCUCUGGCAACGAGAGCGAAACGAAACCCGGGAUUUCGAGAAUUCUUACGUCGAAAGCAGAGACUUGGAUCGGUAAGAAGAAUUUGUCGGCCCGUUUUGCAUGGCCGUGGUUGCAUAACAAUGACCAAGAAAACGAAAAGGGUGGUGCUAAUGAUAAUAAUUAUAAUAAUAAUCAUGUUAGUGAAAAUAAUCGGACGGCUAAUAAUAAUGAAGCCCCGUGUUCUUGGUCGUCUUCGGUCAAUGUGAACAGUACAAGCAGUGCUAGCAGCUAUGGAAGUACGAGUAGCGGUGCGGUUAAUAAAUUCGAUGUUGAUACCGAUUCUUUGGAUUACGAGAUUUUAUGGGAGGAUUUGACCAUCGGUGAACAAAUUGGUCAAGGUUCUUGUGGAACUGUUUAUCAUGCUCUGUGGUAUGGAUCAGAUGUGGCGGUUAAGGUAUUCUCGAGGCAAGAAUAUUCCGAUGAUUCGAUAUGAAUGUUGAAGGUAUCACUUAUGAAAAGACUUCGACACCCAAAUAUUCUGCUGUUCAUGGGGGCAGUCACCUCCCCCGAACGUCUUUGCAUUGUAACCGAGUUUCUUCCACGUGGAAGUCUGUUCCGGUUAUUGCAGAGGAACACAGCAAAAUUAGAAUGGAGAAGACGUAUUCACAUGGCUUUGGAUAUUGCACGAGGUAUGAAUUACCUUCAUCAUAACAAUCCACCUAUAGUUCACCGCGAUUUGAAGUCUUCAAAUCUUCUUGUCGACAAAAACUGGACCGUCAAAGUCGGUGACUUUGGUCUAUCACGUCUUAAACACGAAACUUAUCUGACAACAAAAACGGGCAAAGGAACGCCUCAGUGGAUGGCUCCGGAAGUUCUUCGAAACGAGCCUUCGGAUGAGAAGGCUGAUAUAUAUAGCUAUGGAGUGAUAUUAUGGGAACUUGUAACACAGAAGAUCCCUUGGGAAAGUCUCAACUCAAUGCAGGUAAUUGGAGCAGUGGGAUUCAUGAACCAACGUUUAGAUAUGCCAAAGGAUGUUGAUCCACAGUGGGCUUCUAUUAUAGAGAGCUGCUGGCAUAGCGAACCACAAAGUCGUCCUUCGUUCCAAGAAUUAAUGGAGAAGCUAAAAGAACUUCAGAGACAAUACACAGUUCAAUAUCAAGCUGGUCGUGCUGCUGCUCCCACCCUAAAGGAACUGUAAUCUGUAAUAGCUUUACGGAACAGAAGAUUUGAACCGAAUUACCGAAUUCCCUUGUUCUAUAUCAACAUGUUACUCCCUUCGUUACCUUUUAAUCAUCGGUUUUUUGCUUUGCACAUAGAUUAAGGAUUUUAUUAAAUGUGUCUUAAUUUUAGAAAAAAAUGUAUUCUUUUAGACUAAAAUGACCUUAUCUUAUAAUUAAUAAGAUAGGGAAAUGAGUUAAAUAAAAGAGCGUUGGAAAGA